AAUAAUUGCAUCUGCUCGUCAAAACACAUUUAAAAAAAAACAAAAGAACACAGUGAUAAAGUAUCAGUUUUGCAGUUGGAAUAACCAGAUGUCACGUUGAAAGUAAAGCUCGCCUUUCGGGUGCAGGGGGGGAGCGUAACCGCCGUUGCAGUCAGGGCGAUUUAAGCGGAGCGCAUUCCUGCACAGCGCUCACACCGGAGGACGAGCCGCGGUGGAAGCACAGACCGCAACGCCUCGCAGGGGCUGGGAGCUCAACUAAAACCUCAGAUUAGAGGUGGAGGAAGUGCUGGGUGUCGCCUGAGCACAGCGGUUACAUGUACAGCAGCCUCGACUGAGGGCAACGUUGUGUGUUAGAGGAGUGUACGCCGCGAUGUCGGAGUUCCUGGUGAGUCUGCUCGGGGAGCGGCUCGUCAACAGCGAGAAAGCCGAGGUGGACGUGCAGUCGCUGGGCGCCAAGAUAUCCCUGGUCGGGCUCUUCUUCGGGUGCAGCCUGAACGCCCCGUGCAAGCAGUUCAACGGCAGCCUGUGCGAGUUUUACAGCAGGUUUAAAAAGACGUCUGAGCACAAGGACAAAUUGGAAAUCGUCUUCAUCUCGUCUGAUCAGGACCAGAAACACUGGCAAGACUUUUUGCAGGAGAUGCCAUGGCCUGCGCUACCUUUCAAAGACAGACACAAAAAGAUGAAGCUGUGGAACAAGUAUAAGGUAACCAGUAUCCCGUCUCUGGUGUUUGUGGACGCAGCUACGGGGAAGGUGGUGUGUCGAAAUGGUCUGCUGGUGGUCAGAGAUGACCCUAAAGGCCUGGAGUUCCCCUGGGGACCAAAGCCAUUUGCUGAGGUGGUGGCAGGUCCUCUUCUCAGGAACAACAGGCAGACAGCAGACAGCAGCUCUCUGGAGGGACACUACGUGGGAGUGUACUUCUCAGCACACUGGUGUCCGCCAUGCCGCAGUUUGACCCGGGUCUUGGUGGAAUCGUAUCGAACCAUCAAAGAGUCGGGUCAGAAGUUUGAGAUCGUGUUUGUCAGCGCUGACAGGUCAGAGGAGUCCUUUAAGCAGUACUUCAGCGAGAUGCCAUGGUUGGCGGUGCCAUAUCCAGAUGAAGCUCGGCGAUCACGACUCAACAGGCUCUAUGGAAUACAAGGUAUUCCCACACUGAUUCUGCUAGACACAGAAGGUCACAUGAUCACGCGACAGGGCCGCGUGGAGGUGCUGAACGACCCGGAGUGCCGGCUCUUUCCCUGGCACCCUCGGCCCGUGCUCGAGCUCAGCGAGUCCAAUGCCGUGCAGCUCCAUGAGGGGCCCUGCCUCGUCCUGUUUGUGGACGCUGAGGAGGAGGGUGAAUUGGAGCCAGCCAAGGAGCUCAUUCAGCCAAUAGCUGAGAAGCUUAUGGCCAAGUACAAAGCCAAGGAGGAGGAGACACCGCUGCUCUUCUUUGUGGCUGGAGAGGAUGACAUGACUGACUCCCUGCGGGACUACACAAACCUCCCAGAAGCAGCACCUCUGCUUACCAUCCUGGACAUGUCGGCUCGUGCCAAGUAUGUUCGCGACGUAGAAGAGAUCACGCCGGCUGUAGUCGAUCAAUUUGUCAGCGACUUCCUGGCGGAAAAGCUCAAACCAGAGCCCAUCUAAAGACGAAGUUCAAGUAUAAAAUGGACAUACUAUAUGGGACUCACUCCAUCGUCGAAACCCUGACGCGUUGCUCCACCCUUCACCCUUUCCAGCCUCCCACUAUCUCUCCCACCUCCCCUCUGACUUUGUCAGACUGUUAGAGAGAUGUCUCACUUUUUACUGACAUUUUAACAUUUUUUUUAAACAUGUUUCUCUUUUCAUGGAGUCCUCUCUCUCCUGUGGUGCCUUGCAUUGAUGAUAGUUCCUACAGUAAUAUAUAUGGAGAUUCUGUUGGUUCUUUUUUUCUUCUUCUUCUUCUUUUGGCCUCAAGAAAAGUUUUCUUUUUCACUCGAUAGCUUUCAGAACUCUAGAGCAAAACCAUAGAAUUACCCAGUGGACCUACGUAUUCAGCUGAUUCUUUGCUUUGUGUUUUUGUCUGCAAAAUCCUUGUUACAUUUGGUUUCAGAAUGAUGUUGAGAAAGAAAUAAAAUGCAUUUUUACAGUUGUAAUCCACACAUAGUGCAAGAUGUGCUAAACCUCAGUUGGAUGUAGCCGUAUGCUUUUAUGGCCCUAUUUAAAGAAGAAAAAGGUGCACAUAAAGUAAAGACCACAUUAUACCCGCUUGGAACAGACCAAUGACUGAUGUUUUAAACCCCGUGUCUUAGUGUGUGUGUGUGUAUGUGUGUGUGUGUUAUGAUGUGAGUGAAAGUCAUCUCUUGCCUGUUGUUAAUGGUGGUUCUCAUCUCAGUCAUUAUGAGGAUUUUCUGUGAAGGUCCCCUAAUGAAAAGACCAGGUUAUUUCUGAAGGCACAAAAAUGGCAUUGGAAAUGUGUUGAAUGUAUAAAAUCCUGUAUUCUGUUACUUCAGUCAUGACUUCUCGCACCCAUUAAAAAUUCACUGGCAAGCACAAA